CUGGGGUGUACCUUAACUUCCAGUGGGCAUUACCCACACUGGAUCGUGCCCCAAAGUCUUCUGUUUCUAAAUUUGCAUGCUAUUGUCUUCCAUGUAAGAGAGAGAGAGAGAAGAGAGAGAAAGAAGAGAGAGAGAGAGAGUGGAAAAAGGUUGAUAGGAGCAGAGACUAUAGACAAAGGCAACCAAUAUAUUAUUCCAUAAAAGCUCAAUUGUUCACAUCCAUUGCACAAAUGCGUAUACAUAUUGUGUAUCUAUAUAUCGGAUACGCUCAGCUUUAAUAUAUAAUCUAUAUAUACACCUUUUUUUUGAUCUCAAAUCAAAGGGAAAAAGAAAGCUAAAGCCAAAGCCAAAUCUGCACGCAGAGAGAGAGAGAGAGAGAGAGUAGAGAGCGAAACUGAUCCGAUUUGGUGUUGGUGUUUUGUUGGGUUGAAACCACUCACUGUGCUCUGGCCAUCAUCGUCAUUGUCCUCUCCUUUUUUUUCCUCUCUCACGCACUGACGGUUUUCUGUGUGUUUUCGUUGUGAUUUUCUCUCUCCUUUAUCUGAGUCAAAUUCUUCGCUUAUGGAAACUAAAAGGAGAGCUUUUUAUUUUUUCUUUUCUGCAUCUGGGUUUUUUUUGGUGGAGUGUUCGAGAAAGUGACUUUGUUGUUAAAAAGACUCGAUUAUUUUGUCUUUGAUCUCUACUUUUUGUUCUGGGGUUCUUGAAUUUUGUGCUGCUAAAAAAAUGACGGUGGAGGAAAUCAGGGGCGACGGCGAUAAUUUUCCGGUGGGUCUGCGUGUUCUCGCCGUUGACGAUGAUCCAAUUUGCUUGAAGUUAUUGGAGACUCUGCUCAGAAAAUGCCAGUACCAUGUCACUACAACAAGUCAGGCAAGAAUGGCUUUGAAGAUGUUAAGAGAAAACAAAGACCGAUUUGACCUCGUGAUAAGUGAUGUCCACAUGCCCGACAUGGACGGUUUCAAGCUUCUAGAAUACGUCGGUCUCGAGAUGGAUCUACCUGUUAUCAUGUUGUCGGCAAAUGGUGACCCGAAACUAGUAAUGAAAGGAGUCACGCACGGUGCGUGUGAUUAUUUGGUCAAACCAGUCAGAAUCGAAGAACUGAGGAACAUAUGGCAACAUGUGCUGAGGAGAAAAAAAUGCGACAACAAAAACCCGAAAAAAUCGAGCGGUCAAGUCAAAUCUCAUCAGGCCAAUGGAGAAGGUCUUGGAUCUCCGACAGGAAAUGCAGAUCAAAACGGGAAAUUUAACAGAAAGAGAAAAGAAGAUGAAGACGAGAGUGAAGAUAAUGAAAAUGACGAAGACCCUUCGACUCAGAAGAAGCCUCGUGUUGUUUGGUCUAUUGAGCUUCACAGGAAGUUUGUUGGAGCUGUUAAUCAGUUGGGAAUCGAAAAGGCUGUUCCGAAGAGGAUUCUUGACCUGAUGAAUGUUGACGGGCUUACCCGAGAAAACGUGGCCAGCCAUCUCCAGAAAUAUAGGCUUUAUCUGAAGAGAAUUAGUUCAGCUGCAUCACAGCAAGCACACAUGGCAGCUGCAUUCGGUGUUAAAGAUUCGCCUUUUAUGCAUCACAUGGGUUCACUAGACGGGCUUGGAGAUUUUCGAACUUUAUCCAGUGCAAGACUGCCAAACGUGGUCUUAUCUCCCUACACUACUACUACAAACGCAAUGCUAGGCAGACUUAACAGCCCCUCUGCUAAUGUGAGCCUCCGUAAUCUUUCUCCAUCUGUGGGCCCACUCCAGCCUAGUCAAGCUCAAAACUUGAGCAGCUCAAUUGCUUCGCUUAACAAAAUGAAUUUCGGAACUCAAAACACGAGUUUGUUCCAAGGAAUCCCCUCGCAUUUGGAGCAGAAUGCUACUAAUAAUAAUAGUAAGGGCAUUUUGGGAACUUCGAAUUUUAAUGCUAUCGACGAGUUAUUAAAUGGGGCCUCUUUUAAUCCGGAGCCGUUCGAUGCUAGUGGUGCGUUUGGUUCUUCGAAUCCGUUGCUUUCUUCUACCGAGUCUUUUCACAGUCAGUUACCUCUGGUCAACGGCUCGAGAAGAAAUGAUGCUUCUUUGAACGGUGCUUAUUUAAACACUGAUUUUUCUUCGGGGGUGGGUUUAGUGGGUGGUGAAGUACAUAACAUGAAUUAUGGUAAUAAUAUUUUUGGUUCGUUGAAUUCUUCGAAUAUUUCUGGGAAUGGUAUAGUGUCCCGCUUGGGGAGGAGUUUGGGGCAGAAUAACGCGAUUUCGAACCAGAGGAUGGAUGGGUUUGUUAAUGGCAGAUCGAGUGUUAGUGGUGGUUCGAAUCUGUUGCAGCAGAAUGAAAUAGAAAAGCCCGUUAAUGAAUUGAGACAGAGGUCCAAUGAGGAUAGUUUCCUUUUGGAGGAAACGAGGUUGAACGCUGGAUUUGUUCCUCAAAGUUACGAUUCUUUGGAUGAAUUGGUCAAUGCUAUGAUCAAACGGGAACAAGAUGAAACGGUGUCGAAUUGUGAGUUUCAGUUUGAUGAUGAUUACGCUUUCGGAAACGGUAUAUGACAUCAGCGAACGAAGAAUUGGGUUUCUUUCUUCAUCAGAACUGUAUCUAUAUGUGUAGUCUUUGAAUAUCUUGGUUGUAUGGUUGAACUUAUUUAUGUUAGCUUUCCUUUUUUUUUUUUCAGAUUUUCGUUGCAAUUCAAUAAGAUGUAGUCGAGGAUUUUAAUUCUACUUUUACUUGUUUUUCAUCGAAUUUUCUUAGGGGUGGGAGUUGUAACGGUAUUUCCGAAUUUCGCCGAUUAAUAUCCGAAUAUUUCCGAUUUUGGAACAAUAUUUUUCAUUCUGAA